AUCACUGCAGAUCAAACAAACAGUGAGGAAAGAGGAAGGUCUGGAGGCAGGACAAACUCUACCUCACCUGUACCUGACUGUAAUUCAUUCAUCAUGACUUCAGCUGAAUGACACAACAAUCUCCCGUCAAUCUGAAUCUGUGGACUUUAACAUCGAGAUCGAAACGGGAAUAAGCGCCUGGUGCCAUGAACACAAGAAGAUUUCUUCCAGUGAAGCGAUUUUGAGUUACAGACGAUUUAAUGAGGUUUGUUGAGGUAGAGAUUAAAGACUCAGAUUCAGAUUAUACUCUUAACAAGUCUGGUCCUGUUGGCAGAAAGGCAUCAGACGAUCGCCGGUUUCAGUGUCUAACAUUCAGAUGUGGGUGUGAGAUCUUCACAUUACACCUGCACACCUUUCCAGAAUCAAGAUUUCAAUGUUUUCAAACUACUAAAGAAAGAUCUUAAUGAUUAAAAUGCCAUUGAGGACAUCACUACGCCGCAAACCCGAAUCUGGUAAAUGGACAAGCAGAUGGUCAAAGCGAAGAGAGGUCGUGUCAGUAAACAUGAUCAGUCUUCCUCUCGGAGACUUCAGACACCUCUCGCACAUCAGUUCUGACAGCGGGGUGGACAGAAGUUUUGGAGAUCUCUCUUUCUUAAAGGCGGGUCACGGCCUGCUUCGUAAGAGCUCUCAAAGCGAGCAGAACCUCUUCCUGGCCGGCCCUCCGCCACCGAAACCUCCCCGUCUGAACCCGGAGGAGGAACGCCACAGUCCCGUAUGGGAGGACGCACCUGUCAUUCAAAAGCAGAAAUGUAGCUCGAUGCCACUUCUGGACAGCGAGGAGGUGGAGGACAUGGAGCAACAUUUGCACCUAGAGCCGGCAAACAGUCCCGGUCGCGGAAGUCUCAGUUCUGGAAGAGAUUCAAUGCAAACAAACUCAGAGGAAUCACAGCCGGAUGAGAUGGAUUUGGGGUUUACGUUCAAUCUGGAUCUGGGACCCUCGAUACUGGACGCUGUCCUGGAAGUGAUGGACGAUCUCCAUCAGUAGAAGCGUGAGGGAGUAUGAACACUGUAGGACACAUCUGAUCCCGGGACAAUAAUAACAACGACACUGAACAUUUGCUUCAUAUUGCACAACUAAGAAUUUCUUCCAGGAAAUGUACGAUUAGAAAAGUGUUUUUCAGACUAAAUGGACUGUUUCUCCAAACCCCACACCCUUUUUUUAAAAUCUGGUUUGUGCUGUUAUAUAAAGUUGUGUAAGAGUUUGCAGACCGUCUCUGCUGAAGUGAUGUUUCAUUGCAGAUAGAGUUAUAUAUUACUGAUACAGCAUUAGUUAAUGUGUGAUGAAAUCUAGUUAAUAAUUAAACAGAUUUUAUUUCACCAUUUCAAAUGUAAACUGGGUGUCUGUAUUUGCUUCCCGAGCACCGCACCUUUACAUUAGCACACAAUAAUGUACUGUAUGUCAAAAACACUGUAAAGCUUUUAAAAAUUGUGAAAUUAAACCUGAAUGGUAAUAAGAAUCUAAUGU